GAAAAAAAGGAAAAUGUUGACAACUCAGAUAAUAAAAUGUCAGAAACAGCAGAGAAGCAAAACGGCAAUAAGAGACUAAAAAAGGUUCAAAACAGUGAAGACAAGGUUGAUAAAAUGUACUUGACCCCACCUCCACCUGUGAAACAGUUCCUCAUCUCCCCUCCAGCGUCUCCUCCAGUUGGAUGGCAUCAGAUUGAAGAUGCAACUCCCACCAUUAAUUAUGAUCUUCUGCGUGCAAUCGCUACACUUGGUCCAGGUGACAAGUACGAGGUUCAUACAGGAACAGAAGGCACUCCAAGUGUUGUGGUUCAUAUCUGUGAGAGUGAAAAUGAAGAUGAAGGUGCAGUUAAACUGCCAAAACAAAAAAUAGUUCAAACAAAACGACCAGAUAAUGCACCAACGGUGAACAAAUGAAGCUUCUGUCUACUUGCCUCCUGUGACCAUAUCAUUUACUGCAGCAACAAUUUAAUGGCUGUUUUUUUUCUUCUUGAGGACUGUUUAUCCAUCGUUAUAUGAAAAAUGUAGUAAUUUAGGUGAUUUCCUAAUAAAAUGACAACUGUAAGGUUUUUUUUGUGGUUUUGAAGCUUUAUUCUGUGUUCCCCCAGUUUGUUCAGAUCUCACCGGGCACAAAAUAAUGUUGGCUGACAGCGGAACGAAAUAGCAGGAUUGCUUUCCUCUCCUCCAAAAGCUUCAAAUCCAUAAAAUUGUUAUGCAGCUUCAGUAUUCGAUCAAAGCUUUAUUUCAGCCCUUUCCAGAUGUGUGAAAUGUAAAUGUCGCUAUUGUCUCUUUUGCAAUGUUGUGUUAUGUGUUAUCUGUCUUGAAUGUUCUGAACAAAUAUUGACCAUAAGGAAGCAAUACAAAAACUGUUUGCAUCCAUAAUCGUGCAAUACUUCAAGCUGAUUAUGUUCUAAUUAGAGAAAGCGACCAAACUGUUGUGAAGUAUUCUUCAAUCCCUCCCCAUAUUUCCCCAGACACCCUCCAUUUCCUACCCCAGGAGCAGUGGUAAGGUGAAAUAGUGAUGCAGUUAAGCAGCCCACAUUUGCAAUUGAAAA